UUGUUUCUUGCAACUGCGGUUUUCCUGAGCGUCUUUCAUGUUUCGUGAUCAACACCUCAACUUUCUAUCAAUGCUAGGCACAAGGGCGGCGUCAGGAUCGUAUUUCGUGUUUGUUGCACAGUAACAACGCUGGCUUUAGCUGUUCUUGUUACUUCGAUUCUCCAACCACGUAUAAACCAACAGUGGCUGCCAGCUGGCCGGACAAUGGUGAGGUGAAAAACGAGGCAACUAGUACGGAAAGCGCUAUUCAACCCAUAAGGUAAGAAGGUAAUCACGAUUCAGACUCAUCGUCUUCUCUAAUGGAACGUGCCAUCAUCGGCUGUGCAAACCAGCCAUGAAGCCUGAAGUAUACAUAUUCAAUCCGUCAGCGAUGGAUCCAGAAGCUGCCAUUAAUGCACUCCUCGACACCAUACGCCCAUCUUUCGUCUUUAGCGUAGUAAAUGUUGCGUUCUCUGCCUCUUUGCUUACCCUCUUUGUUGUACUUCUUGCACUUUCCACCAAGGAGUCUCGACGCCGCGUGGUAUUCCGACUGAAUGUGUUUGCUAUCUGUCUCGUCUUAAUAAUGGGCGUAUUGACCGGUCUCACCAAUGGGAAGAUUGUAGUAGGCCAGCUCAAUUGGCUACCGCCAAGUGUUCCCCUUGCAGCAAUCACCUUUACCAUCUUCCCACCAUUGCUGUGCGACUCGAUAUUGUUAACCCGCCUCUUCGCGCUCUAUCCGCUCUCCAGUACACCUCGAGUUACUCUACUAAAGAUAUUUGCGUUCCCAUUCUGCAUCAAAUGCGCUCGAGUGGUAGUUCUUGCUCUUCUCUUCAAUAACUAUGUUAGGUCUGCGACGACCGUAGCAAGUGUCCUCUUGAAUGAGGCCACCACCUUUUUCCGUAACCCCUACAUGGUCGCUGAAUGGGCGAUGCAAAUAGCGGACAACAUGUAUUCCGUUACCCUCUUCCUUUACAAUCUCCGUGCGCGCACGGAUUCGAUAAAACGCGCAACUGGAAUGCCAGCCCGUAUCCGCCAAAUCUUUUACAUUUCCGCUGCAAACUUCGUCUUCCCUCUCAUCUUCAACAUCGUACUAAUCAUCGCCAACACAGCUUUUGCCACAACUGCUCAGCUCCUCCUCGCUGGCGAGCUGCUAUGGUUGAUCAACAGCUACGUAACCGUCAUUGGUGUAUUAUGCGCAACGGUCUGGUUCUCCAGAUCGGAGUGGGUUCGGACUCGCAACGAACCACUAUCUGACAACGUGUUUUCGCUCAAACCGAGCUUGCGAAGGGUACGCGACACUGGCAGGGAGUGCAGGAGUGAACUUCUAGUAGUUGGCAAGAGGUUUCCUACACGUGGCACGGCUGACUUGGAGGCUGAGUCUGUGAUGGAGGAGGAUAAGUAUUAUGCAGUAUGAUCUCCAACCCUUCUGAAAUCAAAACUUUGUCCUAGUUCGUUCGUGUCCUCACCAGCGUACUCGCAUGUGAUACUUCUUGAAAUGAUUGGUUACUCUAUGUACAUUAGGUUAUCUGUAACAUACAGGGUAUGAGAUUACUUGUGACUGGUGCGAGUGGGUCACUGGGUUAUCCCCAAAUCGGGUAGAUGCGAAGGUCG